CAAUGUCGUGGUCUGUUUUCGCGGAGGCACGCCAGCCAAGAGCACCGAUGCCGCAUUGGCGCGCUCACCUGCAUAUACUGUCCAAUUCUGGUCUUCGUAAGGCAGAUGGACACUCGUCAGCGCAGCGGCUGGUGCCGAUCGACUUAAUCCAAGAGCUCCGCUCGCCACCAUGGAAAAUGUAUCUAACGUAUCGAUUUCUGCGAGACACGCUCAUAUUCCGCGACCUACCGACCUCCGUGCUGUGGUAAACUUGAUGAGCUGGGACGCCACUCGCAGUGGCUGCCACCGAGACAUUUGAGGCAGCGGAUCCCGAAUUUUGACUUCCAAGUUGAAUUUCGGCAAAAAGGAUCCCUUUACGAAAUCCUAGUAAAAGCGGCUCUGACUCUUUUUCCAAGCCAAAACCAAAUUUACAGAGUUUCGGGCGAACGCCGAAUCAUCCGGUGUCGCCACCUCGCUCGGCUCGCAUCCGUCUCCCUUGCACGCGCUCCCUCUCAUAAAGCGACUGUCCUAGCGGUCCCCAGAGAGCCCCAGCAUCGCCUUUUACCCCCUCUCCUUUCGCUAUGACGCCGCCCGACUUCUUGUUGCGUGUGCCGCCGCUCAAGCUGCACGUGCGCAACGCUACUCAGACCAACGGAGAACCAGCCGUGGUACGUUAAUCGAAAGUCCCAUACAAACCCACGAAACACUGCGCUAACCACCUCCUUCUCUUUGAUUUGCCGCAGUACGAGCUGUUCUGCCGCCUCAAUAAAACGCGGGAGAAGCAUGACGAGCCUGUGGAGGUGAUGCAGUGGAGUCUCUGGAAAACGUACGAGGAAUUCCAGGCGUUCGACAACCAGAUGCGUGCGACUCACAAUUCCCCAUUCUCCAAGAUGAUGGUUACUGUAGCCUUUGCUCCUGGUCACCGUGUACGCGCCUUCUUCCACCAGGACCAGACGUCCAGUUUCCUUGAAAAGCGUCGUGCUGAGCUGGACUUUUACAUGCAAAGAGUGAUGCUCUUCCCGAACGUAGUGGAGUUCUCCAAGCGCGGAGGUUGCAAGGUACUGGCCGAUUUUAUCGGCGCUGAGCUGUACAUGGACUGCAGCGGACUGGUUUCGCCCAGUAUGAACAUGUCGGGAGUCUUUUCGUCGUCCAGAGGAAUGCUGCGCGAUUCCACGGAUUCAGACAACCGUGCGUCGUAUGUCAGUGCUACUGGCGCGGGAGAUAAGAUCAGCUCGCGACGUAAGAUGUGCAGGAUGGAGAUCGAGGAGGAACUCGUUCUACGCGGCGGAGCACACGAGCUUAAGCGGUUUAAGAAACGUGCUCGUGUUUUCCGCAAGGAAAACGACCCUGUUGCCGCUGCGGAGCCGUUUGUGGAGUUUUUACACAAGGAAUACGACCCGGAAUUUGUGCUGUGGAUUCUACGACGCUUUGUACGCUCAAUCAAGAGUUCGGAGAAGCGUGAAGCGCUAUGUGCUGCCGGUAGCAUUUCGGUUGAAUCAGUCGACGUUGAGGACGUGGAUGAGAACAGACCACAGCGUCAGAAUCUCCGCCUCAGUGUGCAAGAAGAUGACGGAUCCACGAAAUAUGAGCAAAAACUGCAGACUUUUUCGAGCAGUCAGAGAAGCUCAGGCGGCCGUGCUAGUGACCCUGCCAUCCCUGGACGCGUCUCGCGGAAGAAAGCCAACCGACAAAUUCUAGAGCGGGUAAAUACUCUUUCGAACGGCAACGUGCACACUGUGAGUGAAUUCAAGCAGGCAGCCAAGGCACUUGGAAACCAAGAAAUGAGUGGUCAGGCGUUUGUAGACUAUCUACGCUCAACUUUCGGCAAAAAGGAAGCGGAAGAGUUGCUGCACCUGGUGGUCGAGGUUGUUCCGCAGCCACAGGUGCAGCAAGAACUGCGUGUCGCCUUAGCGCGGUAAACAAGGCACCCCGCGCCAGUUUUGCAGAAGAAUCAAGACCCUAAAAAAAUUCUCUGGGCAACGCAGACCCGUGAUCGAAGCAGCUCAGAAGUUUUUACAGCUUCAUGAGCCUAGACAAGUGCAGCAACUCAAAAUGAGCCGCGUCCCACGAGAUUCAUCUACACGAACGGUGGCGAUAGAAGCUGCCACAUCAAUUUUUAACUGUACAAAUAUUCAUAAGAAAUAAUGUCCAUUGCAUCAACUGAUCAUCGCAUCGAUUUUCAACACGAUCUCGCGCAGUUUCUUGAUCUCAAGUGUCGAUCCAAUGCCGUUCUUGAGUAGAUUCGCGAAUUGAACCUUCGAGUACAACGUCUGCAUCCAUGCAAACAUGGUUAGCUCAGCAGGAUAGUACAAAAGUGGCACUGCUGCCACUGAAACUCACCUUGUUAGCUUGGACCCAUUCGAGAAGCUCGUUUUCGUCGUAGUAGAACGCUU